AUGUUUGAGUUCCGCAAAGAGUAUCCAGGAGACAUCAACAUUGGCAACUUCCACCCAUGGAUCAUCAACAACUAUCAGAGAUACUUUCCGGAAAUGGACCACUGCCCUCCAGUCAUUUAUCUGGAUCUCUGGCCAGUGUUGAAGGCACCCAUCGUGGCUGCGUACAAAAAUACCGUUGCGGCGCAAUUCACCCAGACGAAGAAUCUUGACAAGCAUCAAAUCUCACUCGACUUCAUGAACCCGUUGACCAAGGGCUUAGACAUCGCUACCCUUCAAGGCGAUGAGUGGAAGAAAUGGCGAGGCUGGUUCAACCCCGGCUUCAGCUCGAGAAACGUUUCGUCUAUGGUUCCGGAUCUUAUCGAAGAGAUCAAGGACUUUGCGGAUAAUUUGCAACAAAAGGCCGGUCCUAACGGAUCGUGGGGCCGCAUGUUCCAGCUCCGCAACAUGACGACGGCUCUCACUUUUGACAUCAUUGUCCGUGCAGUUUUGGACGAGCGUCUCCAUGAGCAGACAAAUACAACCGCUGGCCCUCUCAGAGUUGCACUUGCUGACCAGCUGAGGCUCAUGGGCAUAAGACAGGCCUUCAGUUUCGGCUACUUGUUCCCAUGGCAGAACAAAGCCGUGGAUCGUAACAAUCGCAUUGUACAACACCAGCUUCAACCGAAUAUUGUCCGAUCUCUAGAAACCGGUCUCAAACCAUCAAAGAAGAAGACGGUGCUCAAUCUUGCUUUGAUGCACUUAGCAGAAGAGGCAGGUGGGCGACCAAUUGACCCAACUACCGACCCGGUGAUGAUGGACACCAUCUUGGGCAACUUGAAGACCUUCCUUGUUGCGGGCCAUGAGACGACCGCCAGUGCGCUGUGCUUCAUGUUCAAGGUUCUCCAAGAUAACCCAGACUGCAUGGCUAAGGUCCGCGCCGAACACGACGAAGUUCUGGGUAUGGAUCCCGACCAAGCUUCUGAUAUUCUGAGCAAGUCGCCUCAGCUCCUCGGCUCUCUUCGGUAUACACACGCCGUGAUCAAGGAGACUCUCCGUCUGUAUCAACUCGCCUCCACCAUGCGAGGAGGUGAGCCGGGUUUCUAUCUCAGCGACGCUACUACUGGUCUGCAGUAUCCCACAGAAGGCUUCCUUGUGUGGGACGGCGGCCCCGGUAUGCAGCAUGAUCCGUCCCUAUGGCCGCACGUUGAUAAGUUUAUCCCGGACCGCUGGCUUGUUCCUGCCGAAGACCCGCUUCACCCCAUCAAGGAUGCUUGGCGGGCAUUUGCCAGAGGUCCUCGGGAUUGCAUCGGUCAAGAGAUUGCUCUGGUUGAGAUCAAGCUGGUCGCAGCCUUGAUUAUGAGAAAAUACGAUGUUGAAGAGGCCUGGGAUGAGUGGGAUGCUCUCCAGUAA